GUGCUUGAUUGAACUGAUGCAGCGGCUGCUACCUACCAUCCCUGUCUUUGCAUUGUACAUCUAACGAUGUGGCUGCAGCAUCUGUAGUUUCUGCCACCUGUGGCAGCACUCCUAUUCCCUCUACGCCACAGAGAGAGAGAGAGAGAGAACAAAAAAGGGGAGCUGAGAGAGGUCGGUGAGGAGGAGAAUAUCUUUCAUGAUAAGUGGACUUCUGACAGAGAUCCUCGCUGUAUACCCAGUUGACACAAAUGAAAGAAUCUUAAAGCAGCAGCAUGCCUGGACUCAUUAAUAAGGAGACAAGGAGCGCUCUGCCCCUCAGUGUCUCGGACAUCUCCUCCUGUGUCAGGGGCUAUACCCUGGCCAUGACCACUUCUAUGACCUAUGAGAACAUUGAGGAUCAUGCAAUUGAGGGAAUCUUUAUCUAUCCUCUGGAGGAAAAUUCCAUUGUUGUAGGAUUUGAGGCAAUGAUAUCCACUCAGAUAAUAACACUGCAAAUUAAAGACAAGACAAAGAUCGAAGACUGUCAUCUGGAUUGCUGCAACACAUCUAAUGGAACUCUCCAGAAUUGUAGCGGACAUAUAGUGAUGGAUGAGGAUUUGGAGAGGACGGUGCUAGUGGUUAACCUCGGGAUCAUCCCUCCUAUGGAGACGGUCCAUAUUCUCGUUAGUACCUCUUCUGAGCUCUUCACCCUGCCCAACGGGGGCAUCAGAGUCUCGUCCCCACCUGUGUGUACACCUCGGGUUCAGAGGUCCAUCAACGAGGAGCAGGGACUGUCCCCAAACUUCUCCAGGGCGCGGGACCGACAUACCAGUGCUUCAAGUCCUCAUGAUCAAACUCCCAACUCCCCUCAGCCCAUUUUAGCUUCACUGCUGGAGGAGGAGACCAUCAACUCCAUGGACUACGAGUUCAACUUCCAGAUGGAAAUAAGGGCUCCAUACCUCCUCGCAGGUGUGGAGAGCCCGUCUCAUGCCAUCCGAGCUGAUGCAGACCCUCUGGCCCGCUCCGCCACCAGCAUUGUCGUCACCCUGGCUGACAAGUACACUUAUGACUGUCCUGUCACCAUCCUCAUCUACCCCAGUGAGCCUCAUCUGCCACAUGUGCUCAUUGAGAACGGAGACAUGACACAGGAGGAGUACGAUGAGUACCUUCACGGCCGCAGUGAUUUCAUCAAGGCCACCAAGAAGGACUCCAGCAAUGAGAGGAAAGUAGAUGUCAUUCACAAGCGACUCCAUAAGGAUAUCCUCCACAAUCCCGUGGUCAUGUUGAAUUUCUGUCCUGAUCUCAAGCCUAUCAGUUCAGAUCUGAGGAAGGUGCACGGCGAGUUCAUCUUCCUCAUUGACCGCAGUGGCAGCAUGAGCGGGGUCAAUAUUAACCGUGUGAAGGACGCUAUGGUGGUUAUUCUAAAGAGCCUUGUUCCAGGCUGCCUGUUCAACAUCAUAGGCUUUGGCUCUACAUUCAAGUCACUCUUCACAACAAGCCAGAACUACGAGGAGGAUGCUCUGGCCUUAGCUUGCGAAUACGUCCGAAAGAUCAGAGCCGACAUGGGGGGAACCAACAUUCUAGCACCGCUCAACUGGAUCCUGAGGCAGCCCAUGUUCAGCAGUCACCCACGCCUGCUUUUCUUGCUCACUGAUGGGGCCGUCAGCAACACAGGCAAGGUUAUCGAGCUGGUCCGCAGCCACGCACGCUAUAUCAGAUGUUUCACAUUUGGCAUAGGACAGAAUGCUUGCAGGAGGCUGGUGCAGGGACUGGCGACAGUUUCCAGAGGAACAGCAGAGUUCUUGGCUGAUGGAGAGCGACUGCAACCUAAGAUGAUUAAGUCCCUGAAGAAAACCACAUCUCCUGUACUCAGUGACAUUUCAAUUGAAUGGCUCUUUCCUGAGACCAAGGAAGUGCUGCUUUCCCCUGUAGGCAGCACCUUCCUGUUUCCAGGAGACAGUCUCAUUGGCUACUGUGUGGUUUGUGACACCACGCGCUACCAUGCUAACCCAAAAUCUGAUAAGAGGAGGCGAUACAGCAUGAUGCGCUCCACUGAGUCAGCCAGUUCAGUGUUUUACCACUCUCAAGAAGAAGACCCACUGAAGACGGGUGUUGACAGUCAAGGGUCCUACAGGGAAGCACCCUCAGGGGCUCUUUAUGACUCCUACCAGGACUCAGUAACAGAGAACAGCCCUGUCUCCUCUGAACGUGACCCCACAGGGCUGGACAGUAAGAUGUCACCAAGAAGGCGCGCAUACAGCACCAACCAGAUUGUAGACUACAACCCAGCAAAGAAGAUCUACACUCCCAGUGACCCGAGCUCUGUGGCGGCAAAAAAUCCUCUAAGAAGAGCAAAAGUGCAGGAGCUAAUAGGCCAGAUGAGCCCAGAGCAUGAGACACAGUGGAAGAACGACUACCAGCCACAGCUGGCGAGCCUGUGUGCCACAUCUUCCAGAGGGCGUUCUGCCAGCUGUCACCGGCCAGUCCCUCAUCAGGAGAUGCUUUUGCAGCAGGAGGCCGAUGCAGAAUUUCAUUCCCAUCCUCAGCCCCAAGACGCUCCUGUGCCCAGUCAGCAGCCGGCAGCUCCCAACGCUGCAGGGGAAGACGGAUCCAGAUCCUCCACCGACAGCCCAUCUGUCAGCAGCAUCGGAGACACAGAUGGAUACGGGCACCAGUUAUGUCAGGCGGAAACACCACAGGAGUGCCAAACGUCAGAGCUGGGUGCCAUCAACCAGCACAAAGGUGACUGCAAGGCUGUGGUGUCUGGACUGUUGUGUGGGAAAUCAGUGAAGUGGGAGGUGGUGUUUGAUAUCGAGCCCUACCUGAACGGACGGGAACGUGAGGAGAAGGUUCACGAGGAGCUGUGGAACGAGACCUUCCAUCACCUGGCCGGACGGUCUAUUAUAAACGACUUUGAGCACAUGGGGGAUAAGGAGUGUGAGAUUGAGCAUGGUUCUGGGAGGAGGUACCAGAUAUAUGCUGUUCACACUAGUAAAGCCUGCAAUAUACUCAGCAAAUACACAGCGUUUGUUCCCAUCGACCUGGACACUAAUGAGUAUUUGCACACAUGUAUUGAAUACAUCAACACUGGUGAAGGACUGAAGAGAGGCUCCCACUCCAGCUCUCGGUCAGGGAGCAGGAAGAACCGAGGCUACUCCAUCGGACUGGGUCGCUCUCAGUCCGGUGGUAUGUCUGAGGACGCUGAAGACGGGCUACCACCCAACACUGGAGAGGAUGGAGCGUCUCCGUGCAGCACCCCCUCCUCCAGCUGGGAACGAUGUAGCUUCACAGAGGUCUCCCAAAGGAGUCCAUCUGUGACCUCUGACCAAUCGCAGAAAUCAGUGGAGAGCCUUUUCUCUGCCAGACUGGCCCUCAGCAGGACUCGUCUCCUGACUCGAGCUGCCAAAGGCUUCAUGUGUCGAUCACACAGCAAGUCUGGCGAUUCAAUCGGAGAAAGUGACAACGAGAACAAAGACUACAUUCCUCUGGUGUUGUUGCAGUUGGCUAGUGGUGCAUUUCCCCUGGACACGGCUCUGUGUGACGCCAUCAAUGUGCCCAUGGACAAGUUAAAGUGGACGUCCCCUUUCUUCAGCCACCGCACCAGUCUGGGUCACCUGUCUCACUCGAGCAGUCGCCGUGCCGACAGCGCCGAUGACGAACGCAGAUCGCCGUGUGAGGCAGAUUUGUACCACCAGUCAGCAGAGCACAGCAGUAGCAGCCCCUCUCAUCUGUCCAAGGGCACCUGGACGGACGUCGGUCCUUCCUCCCAGGCCAGCCCCUCUACCGCUGCCGAGCUCUCUCUGUCCCCUCUCUCUCAGGGGGACAGUGGGCACGGCUCUACCUUGGAAACAGCGUCAUCCAAUAGCGCGCAAAAGAGGAUGCUAGAUCCAGAGAGCAUGGUGUGGGCUACAGCCGUGGCUCUGGCCUGGCUGGAGCACAGCUCUGCCAGUUAUUUCAUAGAGUGGGAAAUGGUUGCCGCCAAGGCCAGUAUGUGGUUGGGCGCCCAGGACAUCCCAGAAGGCAAGGACUUGGCCUCUGUCAAAGCUGCUGCCAACCAGCUCUUCAUCAUCCUCAGACACUGGGAUGAAAACCUGCAACUUAACAUGCUCUGUUACAACCCCAACAGUGUCUGAGACUUCACACACCACUACAAGUACUUAAUCCCAUAUGAUACUAUGCUAACUAAGGCUGUACUCUUCUCUGUUCAGCUGUUUGUCCUCUGGAGUCUGACUUUGCUGUUGCAGUGAAAAGUGUAUACUCUCUUCUUUUUAUGUGUUACUCCUCCAAACAUAUCACAGGCUGUUCAGAGGCACUAUGUGCAAGCUGUUACCUCACUGGUGCCAUAUACUGUAGCUGGAUCCCUGUUAGCAAGGGGUCUAAUCAGAAUGUAUGAAGGGGUGAAAACAUCAAAUUAGUAGCAUGCUGGACCAUUGACCAUGACCAUCUGAAAAAAAGCUCUUAUUGUCAUCAUAUUGAUGUUAUGGGGAGACUGCUGCUGCAAAACAUUUUGUUUCAAUGACACAUACACACACCCUGUUUUUUUAGAAAUGCUGUCUUUUCAGCAUAUCUAAUUGACUGCAUUGUGGAAAAAAAAAAAAACAUCACCUGGCUCUUUUUUAUGCUUGUUAUCAUAACAGCGUUAUUAUUAAUAUUAGCCAUUUUUGCAGUUUGAAAUCAUAGCAGAUAACAGAAAAAUAUGCAAAAUGCUAAAAUGUGUGUUAUGAUCUGGUACAAAAAAAAAAAAAAAAAACAUCAAAAAAAAAAAAAGAAGGCUUAAGUGGGAAUCUAUGAAUGCGUAUCCCACUGGCAUGGAAUUUACCGUUUAUUAUUUAAUGGUACAUGCAGUUUUUUUCAAUUUUUUUCACUCAGCACAUGUAUUUGUCUUUGAGUCUGCAGGUUUCAGUCAUGCAUUAGGAUUUCAGAGAGACUAACAGACCCGAGGGCAGCGAUCAACAGUUCCUGCUCUGUAUAUCAGAUCAAAGACCUCCGCUAGUUCUGUCAUGAUCACAGCUCAUUUACCGCAAGUGCCUAACUAAGGUUUCAAGUCGGCAGAAAAUGUAGCUGUGUUUCAGAUGUACUCAACGUGGGUAAUACCAGGUUUUUGUUUGUUUUUUUUUCCUCUUCUCUCGCUUUAAACGUCUCUUCAUUUCUUUGUGGCAGAUUAAAGCAUCUUUCACUAUCGAUUUUUUUUUUUUUUCCACUUUAUUGUCCCAUUUCAGUGUUGCUUUACUCAGGUAUUUAUUCCUUUUUUCACUCAGGCUGAGUUCCAUAAAUCCUCCUGCAUGAACAUUAAGUCGUUGUGGUGUUAACUGACCGGAUUGCCACAGUGGAGCCAGUGGUGCAGUAUUUUACUCUGAAUUUAGACACAGUAGGUGUUAUAUAGUACUAUUUUUGUGGUGUAUUUGCUGUAGUGAGUGCAGCUGUUAUUGUAAUGACUUGUAUUUUUUAUGUCAUUUGUAUAGUGCAGUAUCUUUCAACUUGCGGUGUGCCUUUAUAAAUGAUUGUUGACUGUUUGAGGCUGUCGAAAGCUUCUGUAGUGUCUUUAUAACUGUCAUUGUUAUGACCAGCUCUGCAGGUGCAUGUAA